AUGUCAGACAAGAAUGAAUGCGUUCGAAAUAAUGGUGGCUGUCAUCCUGAUGCUGAUUGUAUCAACCAAGUUGGUUCCUUCCGUUGUGUCUGUGAAGACGGAUUUAGUGGAGAUGGUUUCACCUGCACAGAUGUUGAUGAAUGCUCUCUGAAUCCGUACCUCUGUGAACAUGGUCAGUGCUUUAACUAUGAAGGAGGAUACAAAUGUGAAUGUGACAUGGGUUUUACACCUACAGACAAUGACAGAGCCUGCAUAGACAUUGAUGAAUGUGUCAUGUUUGAGAAUCUAUGUGUCAACGGAAAAUGUCAAAACGGUGUUGGAUUAUUCAACUGUAUCUGCAACCAAGGUUACCAAGUUGACCCCACAGGAGGAAACUGCACUGACAUUGAUGAGUGUAGAAUUCCUGACAAUUGUCUUUAUGGUAAUUGCAAGAAUUUAGAAGGAGGAUAUGAAUGCCAUUGUCCAUUUAACUAUGAACUUAAUCCUAGCGGAACUGGAUGUAUAGACAAACGCCUUGGAACAUGCUAUUUUGAAGUCGAACGCUACCGCCAAACUCAACAAUGCUCAACGGAAUUGUCAUACGAUUUAUCUAAAGCCACCUGCUGUUGUACUGUUGGUCAAGGAUGGGCAGAAAUUCCUUCACGUUGUGAAGCUUGUCCCUUGAAUGGAACUCUUGAACACAAAAGUUUGUGUCCGGGAGGUCCUGGCUUCCGACCAAACAUAAUCACAGUCAUUCUCGAAGAUAUUGAUGAAUGUGCCGAAAUCCAGAACGUUUGCCAAGGAGGGGAAUGCCAAAACUCUUUCGGUAGUUUCUUCUGUAAAUGUAAUUCUGGAUAUGCCUUGGAUUCUACCCUCCACACAUGCAUUGACAUUGAUGAAUGUUCUUUGAAUCCAAACUUGUGUGGUGCUGGUACCUGUUACAAUACAGAGGGUAACUACACCUGUUUCUGUCCAGAAGGACAUCUAUUAACACCAGAUCAACACUGCAUGGAUAUGCGUAAAGGAAACUGCUAUUCCACUUACUAUAAAUCAACCAGUUGGCCGCACGAUCUUAUCUGUGAAAAUGAACUGUCUGGUAAUUUGACCAAAAUGAUGUGCUGCUGUUCUGUUGCAAAGGCGUGGAAUACCCCUUGCGAACCUUGUCCAGAGAGACACACAAAGGCAUACACGGAUCUCUGCCAGGAACCAGUAUUCAUAAAGAACAUGAGUGAAUGCGAUAUGAUGCCAGGACUCUGCAUGAACGGUCGAUGCAUCAAAACAGAAGACUCAUUCCGCUGUGAGUGCAAUCCAGGUUUCAUCUAUGAACGGCUGAGCCACAUGUGUGAAGAUGAGAAUGAAUGUGAACGUCGCCGCAGUCCCUGUGUUGGCAAUGCCAAUUGUCUCAACACUAAAGGUAGCUAUGAGUGCCGCUGUCCUGUAGGGUACAAGCUGGCCCCUAAUAAACGACGGUGUCGAGACAUCAAUGAAUGCCGUGAAAAUCCCAGAAUUUGUGCAAAUGGUCGAUGCCAGAACUUGGAAGGGGGUUUCAAAUGUAAUUGUAACCCAGGUUACCACAUAAAUUCCAAACGGGAUGCUUGUAUAGAUAUCAACGAAUGUUCUUCCCGUCCAGGAAUAUGUCGCAAUGGCACAUGUAUCAAUGAAAUUGGUGGCCAUACUUGUAAAUGUAACCGUGGUUUUACAUUAACCGAUAAUUUCGACUGUUAUGAUAUGGAUGAAUGCCGACAGUUAAUAGGAAUCUGCCAAAAUGGAAGAUGCUUAAACACAUUCGGCAGUUUUACCUGUAAUUGCCAGACCGGCUACAGACUGUCCCAGGACUUCCGCAACUGUCUUGAUAUCGAUGAGUGCGCAGAAACUCCAUACGUCUGUCAUCAUGGAAGAUGUAACAACAUCGAAGGAUCUUUUGAAUGUUCCUGCUUUAAUGGUUAUAAGCUCUCUGAUACUGGCGAUGAAUGUAUUGACAUUGAUGAGUGCUUUACAGAAUCUAACAUCUGUUAUAAUGGAAACUGCAUCAAUACAGAUGGAUCGUACAUUUGUAAUUGUCCUUCUGGUUAUGUUCUUUCAAGUGACAAGAGGAAAUGUAUAGACAUGAGAGUUGGCGUCUGCUACCGUACAUUUGCUAAUGGCCAAUGUUUGAAUCCAACCCCCAUGAAUAUGACCAGAAAAGAAUGCUGUUGUAGUAAGAGUGCUGCUUGGGGCGGUACCAUUUGUAGUGUCUGUCCUACUCAGAACACAAAAGCCUUCAAACUCUUGUGUCCUUAUAUUGGUCACAUUGAAGAUCCAAAUGGCAACAGAAAAGAUAUCAAUGAGUGUAUGAUGUACCCAGACUACUGCAAGAAUGGUCGUUGUAUCAAUACUGAUGGUUCAUACCGCUGUGAGUGUAAUACCGGUUUCCAGGUGGAUGACACAAAAACCAGGUGCAUUGAUACAGACGAAUGUCGGACUGGAAAUAUUUGUGGCCGUGGAACCUGCACUAAUUUGAUUGGUCAGUUUGAAUGUUCCUGUGAGGAUGGUUAUGCUCCUGGACCUGAGGGCACUUGUGAAGAUUUGAAUGAAUGUCAAACAGAACUGAACAAAUGUGCAUUCCGAUGUGUCAACACCCCUGGAUCGUUCCGAUGCAUUUGUCCAAUUGGAUAUCGUUUGGCAGAUGAUAACAGACACUGUGUUGAUGUCGACGAAUGCCUGAUUGAUGCCAAUAAAUGUCCAUACAACUGCAAGAAUUUGGUUGGUUCCUUCCUCUGUGUCUGUCCUGAGGGAUACCGUGCCAUUGGUCAAGACGACUGCAUAGAUAUCAACGAAUGCCGUGAAGGCAAUCCAUGUGAAAACGGACGUUGCAGGAAUAUAAAUGGGGGGUACAUCUGCUCCUGCUAUCCUGGUUAUGAGCCAAGUCCUGAUAAAAAGAAAUGUCUUGAUCUCCGCGAAGGAUACUGUUACAACCAGCUUGUCCACGGUCGUUGUGUUCCUAGCCAUGAAAUUAAGAGAACUGCCCGCCACAUCUGCUGUUGUACUGGACUUGCGGCGGCUUGGGGCCCGUCCUGUGAAAGAUGCCCACCAAUUGGCUCAAACCAGUUUGCCAGAAUUUGUCCGAAUGAAAUAGGAUAUUUACCCAAUGGCACUGACAUUGAUGAAUGCGACAUUAUGAAGAAUGUCUGUAACAAUGGACGUUGUACCAACCGUAUUGGAUCCUUUACUUGUAUCUGUAAUGAAGGUUACAAAACUGAUCCAUCAGGGAAAAGCUGUAUUGAUAUCAACGAAUGCCAACAGAAGCCAUCUCCAUGCCAGAAUAUCUGCCAGAAUACAGAGGGAAGUUUCAUUUGUACUUGCCCCGUUGGUUUCGUACUAAACAUGGAUGGACGCACGUGUCGAGACAUUGACGAGUGCGCGUCUGGGCAACACAACUGUCCCUACGGCUGUAUCAAUACCAUCAGCAGCUACAAAUGUGGUUGUCCAAAGGGAUUAAAAGAAGGACCAAACGGGGAUUGCGUAGAUAUCAAUGAGUGUCUGGAAGAUAAACAUCUUUGCAUCCGAGGAGUAUGCAAAAAUACAGAGGGUAGCUUCACGUGCCAGUGUCCUCGAGGUUACGUUCUUGACAAAACUGGUACCAAGUGCGUCGAUUUGGAUGAGUGUGAACAUGGUUUCUGUGAUGAAAACUGCGAAAACAUGCCAGGAAGUUACCACUGUGAAUGUCCACCAGGUUACAGUGAACAUUAUUAUUGGAAGAGCUGCGUUGAUGUUGAUGAAUGCAUGAUGGGAACUCCAUGUGGAGAUGGAGGCUGUGUCAACAUGCCUGGCAGCUACAACUGUAACUGUAAACUUGGAGAGAACUUUGACCCCCGCCAAGGAACCUGUAUGAAUGGUUUUAACGUAUGCAACAGUGCCCCUUGCACCUUCGGCUGUUCUCCUUAUGGCAUUAAUGAUUAUGUGUGUGGCUGCCCCACAGGAUAUCAACGCAUAGGCCAAGGCCACUGUAUCUCAACAAUAUCACCUGCCAAUAUCAGUGCACCAAACAUUCCAGAAGGAAUGGAACUGCCUCAUAUACCCGGUCCACCUGAUGGCAGCCUACCACCAGGGGAAGUCUGUUAUUCAUGUAAUGUUGGAGAUAUUCCACUGAACCAACGGUCAAAGAGAAGUGCCGACAUGAACAGGUCCACAAGUGAUUUCGUGGCAACAGAACAACAUCAGACUUCGAAUGUCAGCGAUGAAAAACCAAAACCAAAACCAAGAUUGCACCAUUAUGCCGGCGCUAAAGAACAGAGUCUAUCAGUAAAGGUGAAACAGAAACAAGUGCAUCGCAACACCAAGAUUAUCAGGAUGCAACCUGCACUAAGCACACUGCGAAACAAGGUGCACUACAUUAUUGUCGACGGGGGUGACAGCGACAAGUUUGUGAUGCACGAAAAGAAUAACAUAAGCUCACUGCGACUGAAGCAAAAAGUAAAAGCUCCACAGGUUUUCAAAAUAGACAUCAAGUGUCAGCCCUUAUCAAACACUGAUGAGUUUAAUGGUGAGAAGAUAGAGCUGGAUACAUCUAUUAUACACCUCAAGAUAUAUGUUCUUUGAUCAUAGAACUGAACUGAACACACAUCCCCUUAAGCCACCCACCAAGGAAAGGCACCACAAUAAACUUCAAACGAAUACAAAACACUGCAACAAUUUUUUUUCUGUUUUUUUUUUCCGGAAGAGAACAAAAAAAAUUAUUAACAAAAAAAAAUAAAAAGACGAAAGUUUGAACAAAAAAAUACAAAAUUUUUUUUUCUUAA